AUGUAUAACCCUUACCAACCUCCCGGCAUGUAUGGCCGCCCUCCAGACUAUGGUGCUUACGGAGCGCCCCCUGGCAUGGGACCUCCACCAGGAAUGGCCGCCCCCGGUACAGCUCCCCCAGGGAUGCAGCAAGCAAACGCACAACAGCCCGGUCGACCAGGAGGUUUCCCGCCGAACUUCCAACCCCCUCCGAACAUGCCCAACAUCAACUUCUCCGCUCCUGUUAUUCGACUCGGUACCUCGGGACCAGCAAAGUCUUCUACACCAGAUAUAAGCAAAGACCGCGGCGAUGGACCUGGCAGACGCCCCGGGUUGGGCUCGAGCUUGGAAUCUCAGCGUCAAAAUGUGCGGGAUGCGAUGAUGCAGCUGCAGCCGCCUACGAGGGAAGAGAUCGUGCGGACCAUCUUCGUUGGCGGUAUCACAGAAGGUGUUGGUGGUGAUGAAGGGGUGGAGAGAAUCCUGCGCUCCGCGGGCAAUCUCAGGCGCUGGAUCCGCGCCACGGAUGCCGAUGAUAAACCGUGCAAGUUCGGUUUCGCAGAGUACGAUGACCCUGAGAGUCUAGGUACAGCUGUGGAAGUGCUAAAGGACGUCCAAGUUCCUGUGAAGAGACAGACGCCGUCCGACACAGAGGACAAAGAAGAACGUGAAGUGGAGAAGAGCACUCUUCUGGUUGUCGUCGAUGAAAGUUCGCUAAGCUACCUGGAACAAUACGAAUCCACCCGAGGCGAGCAGGACCCUGCCGAGCGCCAGGCCCAAUUAGACAAUGCAAAAAAGGCUCUUGCGGCCGUCUUGAACGACCUGUGCCACCCAGCAUCGCCUACACAGAAAGAAGAUGCCUCCGGGAUUGAUCGCGAGGGAGACACUGCAAUGAAGGAUCUGGAGGGUCAAAACGACGGUACGUCCGCCGAGGUUGUCACCAUCCCCAUAACAGUCGAGGACGAAUUAUCCGAUAUCCCUCCCGAUAUGAGGGAAACUGUGGCCAAGGAAAUUGCAGCCUUCCGUGACCGAAGCAACCGCCGUGAUAUUGAACGACUCAGGAGGGAAGAAGAGAUUGAAACCCUGGAACGAAAUCGGAACUCUGGUCCACGUAUCAAUCGGUUGGCAUCCCCUCCUCCUUCAGCGCCGAGCGGACCUGCGGCUGGUGCGAACGGGGUUCCUUUAGGAGCACGAGAGCGUGGCAUGCCCAACGCACCGUCUGGACCGAAAGGAUUUGGCGUACAGAUCCCGAAAGACUACCAAAAAGGCGUGGCGUUUGUCAACGGUGGUUCGGUCAGCGGUGCUACUACAGUCUACAUUGACCGUGAGGACGAAGACUCGGAUGCCGAUGACGAGGAAUUGGAACGUCGACGCCUAGCAAAAAAAGAAGCGGACCUUGAGAAACAUUUCUUGGACCAGGAGCGACGCUGGCUCAACCGUGAGAGGAGUAGGACUGCCGCGUUGGAGCGUGAGAAGAAGCGGGACAUGGAAGAAGAGGCUAAAGUGCAGGAAGUCCGUGAUGAGGCCGAUAAGCGACUAAGCGAGUGGAAUGACGACGCCGAAGCUAGUCGGAAAGCUAGCGAGUACUACGCAGACCGAGGAGCUUGGCUACGAAGCCGCGCUGCUUUCAGAGCCCGUGAAGCUAGCAUGGACGAGGCGGACCGUGCGGCAGAAGAGCGGGAGCGAGCUCGAUCCGUCCAGCAACGGGAACAGGCACGUGGAAUGGCGGACGACUUCCUUGCCCGCCAGGCGCAGGAGCUCGAGACCCGGCUGGAAGCGCCGCGCGAGCCACAGCGCUUCAAGCUGUCUCUCGGCGCAGCAGCCCAGAAGGCCCAGGCCGCCACCAGCCGUCGUACUGUUGCCGAAGUCGAGGGAUUAUUGGAGGACGAAGAAGAGCCUCAAGCUACAGCCAGACGGCCUCUUAUCCCGAUCAAGUUCGACAGCGCGGCCGAAGCUGCUGGACUUACCGAGGAGGAGCGGGCGCAGGCUGCGCGACAGCUGGCACAAGAAAUCCCGACAGACAAGGACGGACUAUGGAAGUGGGAAGUCAAGUGGGAGUUCGUGGACGAAUCUGUGGUCAGCGAGCAGCUCAAGCCUUUCGUGGAGAAGAAGAUUGUGGAGUAUCUGGGAGUCCAAGAGCAAAUGCUGGUGGACGUGGUGGAAGAGCAUGUCCGCAAGCAUGGUCAUCCUCAGGAACUUGUGGAGCAACUGGAAGAGGCGCUCGACGAGGAGGCGGAAGUUUUGGUCAGGAAACUGUGGCGAAUGAUCAUCUUCUUCUCAGAAAGCGAAAAGAGAGGCCUGUCGGGCUAA